AUGGCGGCGCAUGCUAAGGUUAUCUGCGUAGAUGAUGCUUGCGCCCACGCGGACGACUCUCUUCAAAGAGGUAUUGUACAGCGCACACACACCGAUGUUGAUAGCCACGAACCCGAUCCGCAAAGAGACUACCACGAAAACAUUACUUGUGACGUAUCAAUCAGUAUUUUCGAUUAUGCUUUGUUCCUACGGUCAGGCAUCCCGCCCAAAGAUUCCGUUCUCAUAACAUGGCAGACUCAGUUGAGAACGGAGCUGAUACCGGAGUCCAAACUAAUAUUACUCGAUCGGCCCUUUAUUAUCGGAGAUACUGUCAAGCGACACUUGAGAGACCACAUGGCCGGGAUGGUGAUAACCUAUGCUACGUUCUGCACACUGAUCCCGAGCGAAGGCAUGCUCAACGGGGACUACGCCGGUAGUAUCGAUAAGAAGUUCAUCCGACAGGUGCCGGCAAAAGAGCUAAAAAACGUACACAAAUUUCGAGAAGGAGAUUUAGUUGUGUAUCACGACUGGCUCGGCUUAAUUGAAGAUUGUGAAGACACAGUUACAAUACGUCUAUGCAACAACAGCGUGGUAACCAUCGAGACUCCGGAGGAAUUGGGAUCUCACGCCCUUGGUGAUCGCUUUAGUACUGGUGACUCUGUCUCGGCGAAGAAAGGUUGCCUGCGGCGAGGUCGGUGGAUUUUUGGCGCCUAUGACCCCAACAUUGAACCUAAAGGUAUCAUAGUCGACACAUCAACAAUAAGUCUUAGUAUUAGUUGGCUUUGCAGAAGACUUCGAUCUGCAAGUCUUGAUGCCACACUUGAAACCUUUCAAGCAAUCAACGAGCCUUCGGAAGUACUGAGCGGGGAUGAUCUCGAAGAUGUAGUGAGCUAUGACUGCCAGUACCCUCAGACGCCUGGCCCACAUCACCACGACGGGUACCAGCAUGAUGAUCUACACCUUGGGGAGAGGGUGCGAUUCAAAGAUCUUACUGGAGCAGCGCCACAGGGCAAGCUACAACGCUUUGACAUCAACGUCCUACUCGUGACAGAAACGCGUACACAUGUUAAAGUCCUCUGGCAAGAUUAUACGAUCACGGAAGAACUAAGUACCGACUUAAUUCCUGACUCUAAUUUCGACCUUGAGAAUGAAGUGUGGCCCGGUGAUGUGGUUUGUACAACGGAGUCCAAGACUGAGCCCACGGAAGGCGAGCCAGACUGGGGCAACCGGCCCAAGAGAAUUGGUGUAGUUCAGGCGGUACAACCCGUGGACAGAAUUGCCUCAGUGAAGUGGUUCGCUGAUUCUGAGGUCCGGAUUCUGAAUAACGAUAUCAUGCCUGGCUAUCGUCUGGGUGAGCUCUCGGCAAAUGCAGAAGACGUCAGUAUGUAUGAUAUUCAAGCAACGCCUGGGUUAAAUCGCAGCCGAGGAGACAUUGUAAUGAUCCACUCGGGGUUUAUACCUGCGGAAACGGGUAUCGAAUGGCUUGGGGAAGUUGUCGACAUCCGACUAGAUGGCAAAUAUAUAGUUCGUCUUGGUCUUGCACAGCCGCCUCGAGAGGUAACUCUGGGUAUUCAAGACGUAACGCUGGCAUAUUCACGUCUGCUGGACUCAGAUGACCACGGAUCUGGGUAUUUAUCUGACACAACAUACGAUUCUUACUUUACCGAAGAUGAACACAUGCAAGAUACCUUCAGCGACGGCGAGUAUUUCGACAUGUGGUAUGAGAAUGAGGACGGUACGCGAGCUACUGUAGAUGACAGUGGAGACGGCUGGACUACCGAGGACGAUACAGAAUCAGUCGACGAAGAAGGAGAUGUUGCGAUGAGAUCAACUAAACCCAGGUCUGAGCGCGAACACGACAUGGCUGAUGUCCAUCUACGAUCGGACUCAGAACCAAAAGGGCAUUCAAAUACUUCCCAUGAUACCGAUUUACAAUCAGCUACAAGCCCAGAGCUCUCCUCGCAAGUGAAUGCCCCGCCAUCAUUUAAGAUCCUUGAAGGCUCUCCUCCAUCGAAUCACCACUACCUCUCCCAACCACUAGUCAUGACUUCUCCCGUUCGAAUGCGUCGGAUUCUAAAAGAACACAAGAUUUUGCGCUCUUCACUCCCAGAAGGCAUCUUUGUGCGCACGUGGGACACUCGCCUCGAUCUAGUCCGCGUGCUGAUUGUCGGUCCCGUAGACACGCCUUACGAAUACGCUCCUUUCAUAGUCGACUUUCACUUCACAAACUCUUAUCCCUCGGACUCUCCCCAGGCUUUCUUCAAUUCUUGGACCAAUGGAUCUGGUCCUGUCAAUCCAAACCUCUACGAAGAUGGUAAGAUCUGUCUAUCGCUUUUAGGGACGUGGCACGGCGAUGAGAAACAUGAAAAUUGGAGUCCUGCUCGAUCAACGUUCCUGCAAGUCCUUGUGAGUCUACUAGGACUCGUGCUGGUGAAAGAACCAUACUACAAUGAAGCAGGCUACGAGAGCCGAGCAGGGACUGAGGAAACAACAAUCGCCUCGAAGCGAUACUCUGAACGUGCUUAUUUCCGCUCUCAAGGGUUUAUUGUCCAUGCACUCACACACCCGGUCAGCGGCUUCGAAGACGUGAUUCAAUGGCUCUACCUCGAUACCGAGCCCGGUAGUCCAAAGCUCCUAGACCACGCAAUCGAGGCAUGCAGAAAAGCCAUCACGGAAAGCGAGGCGGCAGAAUCUCCAUUGGAGGUCGAUGGAUUGCGGAAGAUAAGUGCGGGCGCCGUCAUUCAGCUUCGGCGGCAGCUGGACUCUUUGGAGAAGCUCAGGGCGUAG